CGCAACAUAAAUUCAGACCAGAUUUAUGCUAGAGGAAUGAAGACACUACUGGUGGCUCUCUGCCUCGCGGCGCUGCUGCAAACCUCACUGGCUGCCGAUGGCUCUUUCAACUACAACGACCAGUCUCAAUGGGGGGGAGUCUGCACCACUGGAGUUUACUCUUGCAGAGCGCCAGUCCCCCAUCAACAUCAUGACAGCAGACGUGGCUCAGAGCUCUAGCCUUACUCCACUAGAUUUCAGCAACAGUUGGGAAGAGACCACUUCCAAUGGCAUCUUUACAAACAUUGGACGAACUGUUAAAUUCUUAGUCGAUUCUACUAGCCCCAAUGUUACCACGAGAAUGCCAGUAGGUAUCUACAAGUUUCUGCAGGUCCACUUCCACUGGGGGAACAGAAGUGGUGUGGGGUCAGAGCAUCGGAUCAACGGGCAACAGUCAGAGCUUGAGGUGCACUUUGUUCACUCUCGCUAUGGAAACCCUAAUGCCCUAGCUGUAGUCAGUGUACUUGCUGAUACAAACACUCGCCCCAUCUCUGGAGUAUGGGCUACUCUAAACGCUAGUCGAGUUGCUAACUUCAGUGACAACUUUACAGUGUACGGGCUCAACCUAAGCAGUCUCCUACCAACCAACAGAGAUUAUUAUUACUAUGAGGGCAGUCUCACUACACCACUCUGUGAUGAAACUGUACAAUGGUUUGUGCUCAAGAAUCAGAUAACUGUCCCUGCUGCAUACCUGGAGGUCCUACGCUCUGUCAGGGAUAUCACUGGUGGUGUGCAAGACUAUAACUACAGACAAGUACAACCCCUAGGGGGGCGUAUUGUGCAGACUCUUGGAUCCAGUGCAGCUACUAUUAGCAGCUCCUCAUAUUUGAUGGCUCUAGCCCUGCUGACCAUACUAGCCAUGGCUGUGUGAACACUAAUUGCAUUGUGUAUGACAAUUGACUAUAAUUAUGUGUGUACGCUUAAAACUAUAGAGAAUAGUCUCAUGUACAUGUAUUCAUCAUUGUGCCCUCAAAAUGUAGUUCUAAAUUUGCAAAUUUCUGUAUAAACACAGAAA